AUGAAAUUCUGUAUUUUCUUGAUUUUUGCCAUUUUGGCUGUUUCCGUUUUCUGUGAAAGCGAGGAAAAGAAGAAAAUGGAAGGCAAUACUGGAGAGAGCCACCAGCGUUUCCUUCGUCAACUUUUGGCCCCAUAUGGUGCCAACGUAAAUUCUCAAUAUGGUGGAUCGGGGCCAUCGGCUGGAAGUGGUUGGAACGGUGGAAUAGUUGGAUCUGCAAGAGGUAUGGGAUUUGGAACUGGCUCCGAUGGGUACAUUAAACUUUUUUUGGACAAUUUUUUUUCGAUUUCUUGA